AUGGAAGUCACUGAAGAAGAAUGGACUGUACACGAUAUUAUCCUAGGACAUGGAUCAGGAUUCAUAGAUGAAUUAAAGAUCCAUGAAUUAGUAGAAGAGGUUAUAGUAGAUAUCACAUGGACUCAGUUACAAGAGAUAUUAUCUAGUUUACAUUCUUUUGUGGUAAGAAAACGGCAAACGCAUGAUGAAAGAUUUUUAUAUCAAGCUCGCACAAAAGAAAUAGCAAAUAAAUUACAAUAUCUUGAUAAUCAAGAAUAUGAAAUAUAUGAACUUAUUGAAAAUUCAGAGCGUAAAGGUAUAGCGAAAUCGGAUAUUCAGAAACAAACCAAAAUUGUUCAAUCAGUAGUUGAAAAUUGCUUAAAGACAAUGCAAGAACAAAAGUUGGUUAAAGAGGUUAAACCAAAAAGUAAAAAAUUAUAUAUGUUGUUUGACAUUAAACCAGCUGAUGAGUCACUUAGUAGAUUAUUGUACACUAAUGGAGAACCCGAUACAGUAGUUGUGGAAGCUUUAAAAUCUUUAUGUUAUAAUUUUAUAUAUCAUCGAAGUUUCCCCAAAGAUAUGGAUGAAGACGCUAUAUUUUAUCCCGGAUAUACUGGAUAUCCAACUUUAACGAAAGUUGUUCAAUGUGUACAAGAAACUAAAAUAACUGAAAUGGAAAUUGAGGAAACAGAUAUACGUCAAAUUCUAGAAGUACUUAUUUAUGAAGGAAAAAUAUUAAAACGAUUUACUGGUAGAUUAAUAGAUCAAAAUACGAAUGGACGUAAUGAAUCUUUAAUAGUUUAUAUGGCUAAAAAACCGAAAUCAAUGACUAAUGCUUGGACUCCAAUACCUUGUGGAAGGUGUCCAUACUUUAAAGAUGAAUGUUCGGAAGACGGAGAAAUUUCUCCAACAACUUGUGUUACACCCUCAACAGAAAAUAUUGAUGGUUCAUUGUUACGAAUUGCGAUAAUACACACUCGUUGGAAUUAUGAAAUUGUCGAAAGCUUGGUCCGUGGUGCAAAAGAAACCAUGAUUUCUCAUUAUAAUGUUAAACCAGAAAAUAUUAUCGUUCAAUCAGUUUCUGGUUCAUUUGAACUUCCAUUUGCUGCCAAAUCGGUCAUUCAAUCUUCAACACUUUUUCAUGCAGUAAUUUGUAUUGGAGUAUUGAUUAAAGGCUCAACAAUGCAUUUUGAAUAUAUAUCAGAAGCUGUAAGCCAAGGAAUAAUGAGAGUUGGUUUGGAUACUAAUGUACCAGUAAUUUUUGGAGUUUUAACAUGUUUAAAUGAUGAUCAAGCUUUAGAAAGAGCUGGUUUAGGAAAUACACAAGAAAAACAUAAUCAUGGAAUUGAUUGGGGUCAUUGUGCAGUUGAGAUGGCACAUAAAAAUAUUAAUUGGAGGAACAAUAUUUUUAAAUAA